GAAGCUGACCGGUUUUAAAACUCGACCUGGUUGAACUGUUCUAGAAGUUUUACCCACGAUCCCCUGCGUGCUCGACAUGGAGGAACUGACGGUGGAGGUUCGUGGCUCCAAUGGAGCUUAUUACAAGGGCUUCGUCAAAGACGUUCAUGAUGAUUCGCUCUCCAUUUCAUUUGAAAACAACUGGCAACCAGAAAGACAAGUUCCGUUCAGCGAUGUCCGUUUGCCGCCUCCCGCUGAUAGCAAGAAUGACAUCGGUGAAGGAGAAGAAGUGGAGGUCUACUCCAGAGCGAAUGAACAGGAGCCGUGCGGCUGGUGGCUCGCGAAAGUGCGAAUGAUGAAGGGAGAUUUCUAUGUGAUCGAGUACGCUGCAUGUGAUGCAACGUACAACGAAAUCGUCACUCUCGAGCGCCUCCGGCCGGUGAACCUCAACACAGCCGUCACGAAGAACACCUUCUACAAGUGCACUGUUCCUGUACCCGAUGACCUGAAGGCUGCAUGUGUGAACGAACUCGCACACAAGGACUUCAAAAAGGCCGUUGGGGCGAGCCGGAUAGUUUACAGCCCGGAGGCUAGCCAGCUGGUCAUACUGUCUGUAAGUGAAGCCACAGUGAAGAGAGUUUCUCUGCUGAGUGAUAUGCACUUAAGAAGCAUCCGCACGAAGCUCAUGCUCGUGUACAGGAACGAGGAAGCCACAAAGCACUUGGAGAGCACAAAGCAGCUCGCCUCAGCCUUCCAAGAGGAGUUCACUGUGAGGGUGGACCUCAUGGGCCUUGCCAUCGGCAGCCACGGCAGCAACAUCCAGCAGGCCAGGAAAGUGCCAGGAGUAACGGCAAUCGAGCUGGAUGAAGAAAGCGGUACCUUCAGGAUUUACGGCGAGACUGCAGAGGCAGUCCAGAAAGCAAGGAAUUACCUAGAAUUCCUCGAAGAGUCUGUACAAAUUCCUCGGCACUUAGUUGGCAAGGUAAUUGGCAAGAAUGGCAAGGUGAUUCAGGAGAUCGUGGACAAAUCUGGAGUGGUCCGGGUACGAAUCGAAGGCGACAACGACAACAAACUCCCCAGACAAGAAGGAAUGGUCCCUUUCACGUUUGUCGGCACAAAGGAGAGCAUCAGCAACGUGCAGGUUCUUCUGGAGUACCAUAUUUCUUAUCUGAAUGAGGUGGAGCAGCUGAGGAUGGAGAGGCUGCAGAUUGAUGAACAGCUGCGGCAGAUCGGGCUGGGCUACCGGCCUGUCCCCGGCCGCCCUGCAGACAAGGACAAGGGCUACAACACAGACGAGAGUUCGUCCAAUGCCCCUUUGCACUCCAGCCGCUCCUAUGCCGGCAGAGGCCGCGGCCGCAGGGGGGUGAACUACACUUCAGGUUACGGAACGAACUCUGAGCACUCGUACGCAUCUGAGACGGAUUCGGAGCGUAAGGACGAGCUGAGUGACUGGUCCCUGGCCGGGGAGGAGCCCGAGAGAGGAGUUCGGCCGCAAAGAGACAGUCGGAGGAGACCCGCGGUGUCCCGGGGCCGUGGAGGACCAGGGGCGAGAGGUCGUGGAACAGGGAGAGGGGCUUCUAGCACCAUGAGCUCAGUUCUGAGAGAUCCUGACCGGAACCCCUACAGUCUGCUGGACAACACGGAGACGGACCAGACGGCGGACACAGACGCCAGUGAGUCUCAGGUGAACACGAGCCGCCGUCGGCGCUCACGCCGCCGUCGCACGGAUGAAGACGCCACACUGAUCGACGGCAUGAGUGAAUCAGACAACGCCUCGGUCAGCGAGAACGGCCUCGAUGACUCGGAGGCUAAACCGCAGCGGCGUAACCGUAGCCGCCGUCGCCGCUUCCGCCCUCCGGAGGAGAGGCAGCCAGUUACUGUGGCCGAUUACAUAUCACGGGCUGAAUCUCAAAGCAGGCAGAGAACACCGAGAGAUCUGAAGAAGAAUAAAAAAGAUUUGGGUCAGGUGGAGAGCAUAGCGGAGCACGGAGUCUCUAAAGCUGUGAGCAACGGCCCCAGCGCCAAUGGAGAGGAGCAGAAAAAAGCAGCACGAGCUUCCAUAGACACGUCCCCCAAAGCCAGUGGCGAAGGCGAGGGGGCAAAGCCCGCCGUUAACGGACUCUCCUAAGCAGUUUGGUCUGUUCUUUUUUUUUUUUCCUUUCAAAAAGUCGUAACCUUUACAUUUUUACAAUAGUGCUUGUACAAGCUUGCCAAAGAUAGACAUACGGACUUCCAGAUUCUCUACUGCACUUUUCCGUUCCUUCACCGUGGAACAGGUAGGAGGGGAGGCAAGAACUUAUUAAAAAAAAUAAUAAAAUAAAUAAAAAAGAAGGAAAAAAAGACGAGCCCUGAAGAGACAAAAAUGAAACUUGAUUCACACCUAAAAUAAGUUUAAAGAACACGUUGAGAUGUUGUGCCUUCAGAGAGUAGUGUGACCGUUAAAGCGGCUGGCUGUAGGAAUAAAAUACAAACCGUCGUGCGAAGAUCCCGGCUGUCCUAAUGCUCAACGAGGGGAGUUAGCUGCUUUUUGUUUUAAUAUGCAACCACUUCAUACAUUUGGGGAAGGAAAUUAGGAAAUGCAGUCUGAAAAAAAAAAAAAAGGAUGUUUUUGCACUGAAUUGUAAUUUCUUUCCCUUUAGAAUAAUGUUACUCUGGAAACUGGUCUGUUUGUUCACUUUUAAACGGCGUAUGAAAAACACUCCACAUCGGAAAGAUCGAAUUUAUUCUGAUUCAUCGCCUGUCGGGCUGUAAUGACAGUGACUGUUCGGCAAAACGAGCCUUGUUUUGGGUUAUUUAUUUUCAAAUGUACAGUAUUUAAAAGAAAAAAAAAACAAAAGCAGUUAUUCUUUUAACACUAAACUGGCUGCCUGAACGUAUUUGCACGCAGGUGACAAUUUGGACUACUGAAAGAUCAACUUCCAGAUUUUCUGUUCUGUAAACUACGUUUGUGAGUCCUUAUUUUCUUUCUUUCUUUUUUUUUAAAUGAUCAUUCUGGUUGUUUGAUGUGCAAUAUGUUUUGUAUGCAGGUAGUUCUUGAAUAAAAUUUUGAUCUUCCA